ACACAGAUAUACUUGAAUACAAAGAGAGCAAAAUUUCUCACCCUCCUCUCCUGCAUAUUCCUUCCUAUACUCCUGCCAUUUUUGGAAAUAAAUUAAACAAAAUCUGUUGUUUAUCUAAUGGAGAACAUGAUGGGUCUGCUUAGUGUUCACCUCCAGAGAGGAGUGAACCUUGCUGUUAGAGACAUGAGAAGCAGUGAUCCUUACGUCGUUGUCAAAAUGGGCAAGCAGAAACUGAAAACUGGUGUGGUGAAGAGGAAUGUGAAUCCAGUAUGGGAUGAAACAUUGACACUUUCUGUCACAGAAAUAAAUCUUCCCAUCACGCUGUGUGUGUAUGAUAAAGACAGAUUUAGUUUUGAUGACAAAAUGGGGGACGCAGAGUUUGAGAUUGCACUAUUUAUCAAAGUCUUGAGGAUGAGAUUGGAAGGCCUCCCAGAUGGAACCGUAAUUACAAAAGUACAACCAAAUAGGGAAAAUUGCCUUGCUGAAGAGAGCUGCAUUAUCUGGUCUAAAGGAAAACUUGUCCAGAAAAUGGCCCUCAGGCUCCGAAAUGUGGAGUGUGGGGAUGUUGAACUCCAACUGCAGUGGAUUGAUGUUCCUAGUUCUAGGGGUCUGUAGAUUGUUGAUUGCAAUUGCAUCCACUUUCUCUCCAUGUAUAUUGUUGUAUUUGGUGUCUGGCUAAUUCAAUUCUUUUGUUAAUAAAUAUGUGAAGAGUAGAGUGAACGAUGU